UACAAUCGAGCUAUUGGAAUCUAUUUUUGUUCUGGAAGGGUUGCAUUGCAUUCACUGGAAUCACUUGGCGAUGCACGUUCGCCAUGUGGCCCAGUGAUGAAUCAUCGACCAUGUUGUCGCCGUCGUACCAACACGGUGAAAUCGACGGCCCCGGCAAUGCAAGUAAGGAAACCGUUUACAGCUACGAUCGGCGCGAUCGAUUUUUAGCCGCGCUUCCUCCGGGAUCGCAGUCCCUGAGAUCGGAUUACAGCAUAUUAUCCGUCUCCGUCAUGACCCUCGGGCUUAUCAUGGCCGUUGAGGUGUUCCGACACCGAUUGGAUCACGCAGCCGUGGGUCGACCUUUUUUCAAGGCCGUCUUAGAGGGUGUAUACGCGGAAUUGUCAACUUUGGGCCUGGUGGAACUGUUUAUUUGGCUGUUACUUUCCUACUGGGACGACAUCAACAUUGCUAAAGAGAAGGUUUUUGCCAAGGUUCAUUUCACCUUGUUCUACACCGCUAUUUUCAAUGCGUUUCAAACGGUGAUUGUCGCUUUUUUUACGACGCGAAUUUCUCAAAGAAUGUGGGUGCAGACGGAAACUUUGGAAUUGAAUCACUAUGUGGAAAUUCGUGAAGAGUUUGACCGUGUACGAACGAAGCUCAACGGUUUGCGAAACCUCAAGGGGCGAAACGAAGAAAGGAACAACAAUGAAGACAAGAGCAGCAACCUUCCAAAGCUCACAACGGGGGAGUUUGUUUUUGAAUUGAGUCGUCGUAGCUUCCAUGAUCUCUGGCUGAGCAUUGUCGAUCGUGUUCGGUAUCCGCACUUGAAAGCGCGGUACAACCAAUUACUGGUCCAAGUACGGUUCCAUGAGCUGAGAGUACAUUUUUUGCAAAGCUACAAUUUGCCAUUAAAAUUCAAGGUUUCCGACUAUCUGGUACGCAGUGAGAAACACGUUUUAAUCAAAUUAGUUCACGUGUCGACGGUGGCUUGGCUUUUGCUGACCGCAUCAAUCAAUCUGCUUUACUUUAUCAUGGGCAUGAUCACUUGGAAGACGGAGCAGCCUUCUCUUAUUGGCACUUCAUUCAUUUGGUUGUUUUUCCUGAGCAUGGGUCUUUUCAUUGUUAUUUCGUUUGCAUUGUACAACAAAAUGAAGGCUAUUUUUAAAACGAUCAUGUUUGAGAAGACGCUAUGGGAUGUACGCGACAGCAAUGAGAUUGAGGAAGAACUCGCUGAGCACCAGAGACGCUUAUUCUGGGGCGGUGACCCUGCAUUUGUGAUCGCUUCUAUUCAGUUUAUGCAAUUUGGAUAUGCUGUUGCUCUGGCUGUGGUUUUGAUUUUUUGGGAAACCAUCAACGAUGGCGGCCUGAACAUGGGAUCAUACCUUAUUUCAAUUUUUGCGUGCUAUUCCAUUUUUGUGGCUGUCGCAGCAGAGAUCCUGCCUCGUUAUACUCUUUGUACUAGUCUUGGACAGUUGGUAGAUCGUCGACGUCUUGAUGAAGCUAUUGCCUUGUAUCAUUUGGAAGAAGAGAAGCAGAAACAAUUGCGCGAGGCAUUUGAAAUUGAUCUUUUGUUCAAAACCGACUCAACGGUUCUAGAGGACUCGAGCACACUGAGUCACGUCUAUCCCAACAACCAGAUCAAAUCUGGACCAAUCAUUGCAAAUUUAGUCAAACUAGAUACAGAGUCUCUGCGCGAGAAACUUCCUGAAACUGAACGCGAACAGCUAAGUCGUAGAGAACAGCAAAGGAAAAAUAGGAGGUUGAAUCGGAGAAAGGCCGUUUCAGAUGGUGUUGCCGCGAUGGCGGGUAUGAAGCGUCCUUCGAAACGAUCUAUGGAUGACUCGGAGAUACCAUCUACAACAAAGAGCCAGGGCUUUCUCUUUCGAGAAUCAACAUCAACAGUAUCUGGAGAGUCAUCCAAGAAAGACGGAAAGAGUCUCACCAAUAAUACACGCGUGGAACGCGCAGCCCAGCGUAGACGAAUGCGACACCAACGACGGAAGUCGGUAUCGGAUGGAGUGGCAGCCAUGGCAUGGAAUGCAUCGACUAUUAACGAAGAUGAAGCGACACCUGACGAAGGCAACACACGAAUUCCGUUCCUGGUCUUUGACGACAACGAUGCCGCAAGUACAAGCUCAGCGCUAAGCGGUGCAGCACCGGAUAUACCUUUGAAUAGUCUCCCUCCGAUACACGAAAAGUCUUCAGACAUUGAUGCAAGAAUUGACAAUAGCUUUAGGACUGAGAAAGACGUGCAGUCUGUAAGUGCAGUCUCUGUAGCUUCGAACCAAGGGCAAACAUAUGAUAUUGAUUCCACCGCCUCAGAAGAUGGACACAGCGACGUCGAUGACGUACCUAAAAUUGAUCCUCUUGUUCUCAAACGAGUAGCAGCUGGUCUACGCCAGAAACCUCUUCCUACUUUUCACGAGAGAAUUCGUGAAUACUUCCUGAGCAAGCGGUAUAAAGUUAUCAGUAAUGUGUUUGGGACGAUGAUCGCCUUUUUUUUCGUGGGGGAAAGAGUGGAGCGAUUCUUACACACGGACAACGUUGUUAGCGAUGAUUUUGUGUCAUUCGAUUUUGACAACGCGAUAAGCUUCUGGGCCCUUACUUUUUGGUUCAUAAUGUUCCAACUGAAAAAUGUCCUUGUUUUCUAUACAUUUCGGCCGCGCAAAGGUUUGACUACAAACAAAGAGCGAAUGCUAAUUACUGCUGCUCUCAUUGAUUGCGUGCUUACGUCAGUUUGCUUGGUUGUCCUAUUCGUUGCGGAAGCCCAGCGAUGCUGCCACCCAAUUGUAAGCCCCACACGCAUGCUAGCGGAAAAAGAUACCACAUUCGACAGCGACUAUGAUAGCCAAAUUCCUGCACCAUGCUCAUGUCCCAAGUUCGGCUCUAGAGUGUACGGGGGACUCGGCACCAUUGAGCCCUAUAUAUCCCUGGUGGCUUUGCGCCUCUUCCGCUUUUGGAUCUCAAGCCGAGUUGUCUCGUAUUUGGAUUCAAAAAACUUUUUUCCUGUGAAAGAUAAAGCCAAAGAUUCAAUACGUCAUGCUCAGAUUAUAGAUCCGUUCGAUGUCUUUGAUGAGGUUCACCGUCAUGCGACUUCGAGCGACGAGCUCGUCGGCACUGCUGUGGAGUUGUGGGAAGCAGCAAUUGGAAAGUAUCCAAAGAUUGCUUCUGAAUAUGGUCAGUUCAGUGGCGAACUUCUCAAACUAAUGCUUGGAAUUCAGAUUCUACGGGGAAACGACGUUGCCAUUGUAGGCGACGAAAAGGCUGAAGUUAAUGGGAUACCUAAGGACGCAAUCAAAGCAAAAAAGAGGCCUCCUACAGGGCGAGUUGACGAUCUGAAUUCUUCUCGAAAAUAUAUGGUGGCGGACGAAUAUUCUAAGUUGUCUGCUCAAGCUCAAGGGAUCCUUGUGGCUGGUAAGCUCGGGAAAAAUGUCAAAUUUUCAAAAGACUUACAAAAAGCGUUGGUAAAUGGCGUCAGCCAUAUAAAGUCUUUCCCCGAAGAGAAGGUGACCCCUCAUGGGAGUCACGGUAUUCCAGACCACUCCCGCUUGACCUUUCAAGUCGAUGAUCAGAGUAUGGACUCGCGUGAGUACGACGGCCCAUUCGUGUCCCCAAACGCAAGGCUAGUUCGAAGUAUGCGACGUGCCGACAGAAAGCUACUACCUAUCCUGGACAAAUGGAUGGUUGUUGACGUUAUAAUGACAAGAUUCGAAAUGAUUUACUUGGAUGCAGUAGAUGUGGAUGGGCAUCACCUUGAUGAGAAGGUUGACGGCGCUCGUCAAGCCAUUGUCGCAACCAAAGGUGGAAAAGGCCUCCGUCUGUGCGAUAUCACAACGGGACGCCGUGUAGUGGGCCAUCUACAAUUCACAGACAUAACAUCAAUUCACGUUGAGCGACGCAUGCCUUCGGAGGCCACUGAUGACACGCAUGACAAUGAGCAGCAAGUCGCCAAAAUGGAGUACUGGCAGCAGCAUCAUGGUGAAAUAAAUACUCAAGGUGUAUCUCGAGCAUGGCACAAAAUAAAGCAAGAUAUUUUGACGAUCGAAACAUCCCAUGGUCCUACUCUCCGUCUUCGAUUUUAUUCCGACUUGGACGAUUGUUUAUGUCACAUGAGUCGCAUGAUGAUGGAAAGCGAAGCAGAAGGUCCAAUUUUUAAAAACAAUGCAUUCCAGUGGGUCCAAACGAUUGGCCGCUACUGCGGUCCCGAACAAUUGACUCAAAGCUUGCAACAUUUUGGCGAAGACUCCGCUGACGAGUUGCGUGACUAUCUCCUGGUUCAUGAUAGUGAAGAGAAAGGAAAGGGGCACCGUCGGGUUAAAUCGAAAGGGUUCCCAAUCAGUGCUGUACCGAGGCCAAGAUCUACACAGAGGUCAGCAUCUGCGACGCUUUUGACUCGUCCGACGCUUCUUCACAGAUCUUCCUCUGUCGGCGAGGCUAGUAGUGGAGAGGCAAUGCCAAAAAUGCGCCUGCUAUACCGGCGUUCUGCUUCUAUCGGAGAAAACGCAAUAGGUACCACAACUAACACGGAUAGCUCUCCGCCAGGCGACGAGGCAAAGCUUUUAAACAAUUGCUCCGAAUUGGAUGAUUUUGAUGUUGUGUAGAACCAAACACGAACGUGGAAGAGUAAAGGCUCGUGUGGAAUAGAGGUCUUUUGAUUAUUUCCUUAAGUUUGGUUGUUUUUAUGU